AUGAGCAGUCCCGAGAAACCAGAGGAAGCUGACUCGGAGAGUCCAGUUCUGAUAGAGAAUAAAUUUCACUGUUACAUCCCUAAAGAACCAAACAAUCCCAUUGCUUUUAAAGAAGACAACAAGACUAAUGGAACCACGAGCAUCAUUUACACACUCCAGAUCCACUCUAAGGCUCACAACUUCCAGGGUGUUUCAAAAGAGCAAAAGCUCAGCCCACGGCUCGCUAUGAACUGUCCUCAGGAUAAUCCAUCAGAGAAAGACCUUGAUACCUUCAAAAACGAAUGCGUCAUACUGCAAGACGUGUUGAGAUUCAUGGAAUACUUGGAACAUGGCAAAAUAGGAAUGGGGGUAGAAGAUAGUUGGCUCAAGGAACAAUUCAAGGGCCUUGCGCAGGCGCUUGAUGUAGUUCAAAAUCCCAAGGCGAAGACGAAAAUACUCCAUCAUAAUCUCAAGCUCUCGAACAUCCUUGUUUUUGGGGAAAAGGAAGGAACAAUUUUCAAAAUCUCAGACUGGGGUAGUGGUUCAUUGUCGAAGACCUCAGAACGUCGAGGCGAUGAAUUCUAUUAUCCUCCAGAGCGGCUCUAUGGUGCAACGUCGUACCCUCAUGACAUAUGGUCUCUUGACUGCGUUUUAUUAAGAGUCUUGAUCUGGUUCAAGGAUGGGCUGAAAAUCUAUAAAGAUUUCAUACAGCAAGCGAUCGAUGAAACCAAUAAUAAGAAGGAACUAGUAGUUCGAGGUGCGGGAUCGACACAUUUCUUCCUCGCAGAAGAGUCGGGAACCGUUCUACUGUCCACCGUAGCAGAAAAUAUGACUUCAAUCAAGACAAAGUAUCCAACAUGGAAAUCCUUUGUUGAGAUACUGGAGAAGAUGCUAGAUGUCAAUGAUGAAACGCGUAUCAAAGUAGAAGACUUGGUCAAAGAAUUGGAAAACUUCGCGAGGACAUCGAAUAAUGGGUAA